GUAUUAAGAUCAGGCCUUUGUGACACUGACCACAAACGAUGCCUACGCCAAAGGAGCUCUGGUCCUGGGCUCGUCCCUGAAACAGCACAGGACCACCAGGAGGCUGGCCGUGCUCACCACCCCACAGGUCUCGGACUCCAUGAGAAAAGCUUUAGAGACAGUCUUUGAUGAAGUCAUCAUGGUCGAUGUCUUGGACAGUGGCGAUUCUGCUCAUCUAACCUUAAUGAAAAGGCCUGAGUUGGGUGUCACGUUAACCAAACUCCACUGCUGGUCACUUACGCAGUAUUCAAAAUGUGUGUUCAUGGAUGCAGAUACUCUGGUCCUAGCAAAUAUUGAUGAUCUUUUUGAGAGAGAAGAAUUGUCUGCGGCCCCAGACCCAGGCUGGCCUGACUGCUUCAAUUCCGGAGUCUUUGUGUAUCAGCCUUCAGUUGAAACAUACAACCAGCUGUUGCACCUCGCUUCUGAGCAAGGCAGCUUUGACGGUGGGGACCAGGGUUUACUGAACACAUUUUUUAGCAGCUGGGCCACGACAGAUAUCAGAAAACACCUGCCAUUUAUUUAUAACCUAAGCAGCAUUUCUAUAUACUCCUACCUCCCAGCGUUUAAAGCAUUUGGUGCAAAUGCGAAAGUUGUGCAUUUCCUGGGACGACUCAAACCAUGGAAUUAUACCUAUGAUCCAAAAACAAAAAGUGUCAAAGGCGAGUCCCAUGAUCCCACCCUGACUCAUCCCGAGUUUCUCAGCCUGUGGUGGGACAUCUUCACCACCAGCAUCUUCCCUCUGCUGCAGCAGUUUGGCCUUGUCAAAGACACGCGCUCGUACAGGAAUGUGGAAAAUGUCUCAGGAGCCAUAUCCCAUCUGUCCCUUGGGGAGAGUCCGGCCGCAGAGCAGCCUUUUGUAUCCUCAGAAGAACGGAAGGAGCGGUGGGAGCAGGGCCAGGCUGAUUACAUGGGAGCGGAUUCCUUUGACAACAUCAAGAGGAAACUUGACACUUACCUCCAGUAGAAACGCUGCCGCUUUCCGUGGACACGUCUACUUCACAGGCACUUGUUUCUGAUACUUAGUAUCUAGAGCUGGGUUAAGAAAGGUCUGUUACAGUUGCUAGAGGCUUUCACUGAAAUUCAUCAGAUGAGGGUUUUUUGCAGGACAACAGGUGAGAACUGGGCAAAAGAUGUGAAGUCGCAAUUCUGUUGUAUGGACAGUGUUCUGCUUUUUAACCCUAGGCUUAUUCAGCUCAUGUUUCAGAAAUUCUCAAUUAUGCUGAUUGCCAACAUACGUGGUAAGAGAAACUCGAUCAUAAGCUAUUAAGACGGUUAUAUCAACUCUUAGAAUGUGCCGAUCCAGGCUCCACGUCAGUCUCCCUUCAGAAUGAGACAAGGUAUCUGUCUCCUGCUUGCUCCUUGUACCCUUCACUAGACCUGCAUUUUAGAAGUGCCCACAGGCUGCCAGAGUGAAUGUAAUUCUGCUUUCAGGUAAAGACAGCCUAUAAUAACACUGCUGAAUGAUUCACAGACAUAUCAACAAACGGUGUUAACCCAUUUUAUUUGCUAGUCUUAGCAUCUGAAAAUGUUCACCAGUUUUCUGUGUACAGUAAGGCAGCAUGCUAAAAUGCUUCUUUUCAGUUCUGUAUAUCUGAAAACGGCAGUGUGUUCUCUGAUGGUUACCUGCAGUGGCACCUUGUAUGAAAAAUAAAGACUUAUUGCCAUA